AUGGAUUCAAAAUUGAAGGAUAAAAGACUGAUUGAUUAUCUUUUACCAGUUCUCGUUUGGGGUUUAGUCUUCUAUAGUACGUGGGCAUUUUCUCAUAAGUUGUGUUAUAAUCAAAUUUAUAAAAAUUUUAAACACGAAUCAAUUGCUAUUGGAUUGAUUUGUAUUAUCUGCAUAUUAGAUAUAACAUUGAUAAUAAUUUGGAUUCAGUUAAUUUGGAUAUAUGGUCCUGGAAGACAACCAAAAAUUCCUCCAUUUAUUUUAAUUGAUAAUGGGAUUAGAAACAAUUUUGGUUCUAUCGAACCCACAGCAACUGCUUCAAUCCCACCACCGGUUUUUUAUGAGUGUGAUAUAAACGGUUAUCCAAUAUGGUGUGACACUUGUAAGAGUUUAAAAAUUGGUAGAACUCAUCAUUCUAAAAGAUUAGGUUAUUGUAUACCUAGGUUUGAUCAUCAUUGUAUGUGGGUAGGUACAGUGAUUGGUAAAAGCAAUUAUCUUCUUUUUACUCAAUUCGUAUUUUAUUUUUCAUGCUUAUUAUUAAUAUUUUGGAUAUCAAUCGUUUCAUAUAUUAAAAGGAUAGUUGAUUAUCCUCAUACUGGGUAUAAGCUUGAUCCAAACUUAAUUGUAAUUUUAAUCCUUUCAGUUCCAUUUUCAAUUAUGACUUUGUCGUUAUUCCUAUCUCACGUUUAUUUUACAUUUAUGAAUAGAACAUCAUUAGAAAUUAUCAACAUUAAAAGAAAUAAAAAAUUGAAUAUAAAAAAAUUUGUGUGCUAUUUGGAUAAAACCUCAGGUAAUAGAUAUGUCAUUGAAAUGUCUCCAGAAGAUAUGGCCAAUAUAUGGAAGAAAAGAAGCAUUUGGGAAAAUUUUAAAGAAGUUCUAGGGAAUAAUUUUCUAUUCUGGUUUAUACCAUUUGAUAUUAGAAAACGUCAAGUGAAACAAAAUAAUGACCCAGAAUGUAUACAAUCAUUAGAUUACAUAUUAGGAUUUUAUAAUGAAGCAAUAGGGGAAGAUGCAAAACUUUUGAUUGAACAAAAAAUUAUUAACAGUAAUUAUUUAAAAACAUUUAGAGCAUUUGGUGAUCAAUAUCAUUGA